AUGUGGUUAUAUUUGACAAACUACUGGAGUAACAGUGCUGCCCAGGCCUACUACGGAGCAACGUUGGCUGCGUUCGGGCUCGCGAUUCUGGUGUGCACUCCACUCUUUGGAUGUAUCGUCCAUAAGGGAAUCUCCAUGAAAAUUGUCCUGAUUGCCGGAAACCAGCUGGAAAUUCUCGGUAAUGUAAUUUAUAUGGUAGCCCCAACUCCCUGGUUGCUGAUACUCGGUCGACUCAUCUGCGGCAUUGGCGCUAGCAUUGAACCCCCACUGUACGCUGACCUAAUCGCUGCCACUAAACCCGAGGAGCGGACCCUCUGCAUUAUCAUAUUUCUGGUCACUCGACAGGUUGGUCUGAUGUUCGGCCCGGCUUGUACCCUGCUACUGCACAAUCUUGCUUUCAACAUUGGUCAGAUAAGCGUGACCGUCUACAACUCGCCGGGCCUCUUGAUGGCUUGCUUUUGGAUUCUCCACACGGUUCUUGUAAUCUGUAUUUAUCCUCCAGGAUUGAAUCCAAAGUUACUGGGAUCUGUUGGUGGCCGAGCUGAUAGUACGGAAACGCUAACGGAUACGGCUAUGCAACAGGAGAAACCUAAUACUCUUAUGGCUGCCGAGACGAGACUAAAAGGCAAACCAGAACGUCUUUGCUGCAAAUGGCACGAAAGAACCGGGUUUUACGGCCGCUACAGUUCAGUCACAAUCUACCUCAUCAUCUUCGCGACUUACUUUUCCGUUAUGGGUCUGGAGGCCGUGCUGAGUCCUUUUGCAGACACUCAUUUUGACUGGACAGAGGUGGAAGUAAGCUACGUGUACUUGAGCGCGAGCUUCCUCAUUCUCCUCGUCUGCUUGUUUCUCUACCUUCUUUCAAAACGAUUUGAGGACCGACACUUAAUAUUUGCUGGUCUUCUGCUACUGACCUUUACCUACUUCUGGCAAACACUAGUCACUACCAUGGCGACCUCGAUGCCGAAGCCGGUAGGCAUCGCGAUGGUGCUCACGGGUGUUGCUCUUCACGUCAUAGGAGCACCGUUUCCUCUGGCCCUCUCAGAGUCACUCUACACGAAACUGUUGCCUGUACAGGAGUCCCAUGCCGCGCAAUCCAUCCUUCGCACGGUAAUUAACAUCGCCUAUUUAGUAGGUCCCGCUGUCGGCGGCGCCCUGCAAUUCCUACCAAAUGUCGUCUUUCUGAUGAUGUUGGUACUGGUCAUCGUCCCGGCCUGCAUGAUGCACCACCGUUUCCAGGACUUUAAGCCUGACGUCCAGGUCGUGGCCAGCACAGAGGUCGAGUCACUGGAUUCACAGUGA